GUUUUCUGAUAUAUGUUGGGUACCAUAGAGUGAAUCUCAGAACAGGAAGCGGAGGCAUAAGCAGAGAGGAUUCUGGAAAGGUCUCUUUGUUUUCUUGUCCACAGAGAAAGCAAAGAAAAAAACACUGUAAUUAAUCUGUAAAUCUCUGUGGCCAAAAAUCUGAACAACUGCAGAGAAAGGCACCUUAUACUCUAACCAUCUUGGAUACGGGGCUUUGUUAUGCUGUGAUCUGUCAAGCUCUGUUUUAUCAGAUUAUGGAGCAAGAAAGCUGACACCAAGCCACAUCAGAGUUCAUCAGGGAUGAGAUAUCUGUCAAGGAUUUGUGGCAGAGUGGCUUACGGGAAUAAAAAUACAGAAUCUCUUCUAGGGAUAGUAUAAGAACAAAUGAAAUAAUUCCCAGAAGUGGCCUGAAGCUUUUCCAAAAAAAGGCAAUUCUUAUGCAAGAAGCUACACGUAAUUAAAUGUGCAGGAUGAAAAGAUGGCACAGGCACUGCUGGUACCCCCGGGGCCUGACAGCUUCCGCCUUUUUACUAGAGAAUCUCUUGCUGCUAUCGAAAAACGUGCUGCAGAAGAGAAAGCCAAAAAGCCCAAGAGAGAACAAGACAAUGAUGACGAGAACAAACCAAAGCCAAAUAGUGACUUGGAAGCUGGGAAGAACCUUCCAUUUAUUUACGGAGACAUCCCUCCAGAGAUGGUGUCGGAGCCCUUGGAGGACCUGGACCCCCAGUGUCCAGAAGGAUACAUCUGUGUGAAGGCUGGCCGAAACCCCAACUAUGGAUACACAAGCUUUGAUACCUUUAGUUGGGCUUUCUUGUCUCUAUUUCGACUCAUGACUCAAGACUACUGGGAGAACCUUUACCAGUUGACAUUACGUGCUGCUGGAAAAACAUACAUGAUAUUUUUUGUCCUGGUGAUUUUCUUGGGAUCUUUCUAUUUGGUGAAUUUGAUCCUGGCUGUGGUGGCCAUGGCCUAUGAGGAACAGAAUCAGGCCACCUUGGAAGAGGCAGAACAGAAAGAGGCUGAAUUUCAGCAAAUGCUGGAACAGCUUAAAAAGCAACAGGAAGAAGCUCAGGCAGUUGCAGCAGCAUCAGCUGCUUCAAGAGAUUUCAGUGGAAUAGGUGGGUUAGGAGAGCUCCUGGAAAGUUCUUCAGAAGCAUCAAAGUUAAGUUCUAAAAGCGCUAAGGAGUGGAGGAACCGAAGGAAGAAAAGAAGACAAAGGGAGCAUCUUGAAGGAAACAACAAAGGAGAGGGAGACAGGUUUCCCAAAUCUGAAUCUGAGGACAGUGUCAAAAGAAGAAGCUUCCUUUUCUCCAUGGAUGGAAACAGACUGAAUAGUGACAAGAAAUUCUACUCCCCUCAUCAGUCUCUGUUAAGUAUCCGUGGCUCCCUGUUUUCCCCACGACGCAAUAGCAAAACAAGCAUUUUCAGCUUCAGAGGUCGAGCAAAGGACGUCGGUUCUGAAAAUGACUUUGCUGAUGAUGAGCACAGUACAUUUGAAGACAGCGAGAGCAGGAGAGACUCAUUGUUUGUGCCGCACAGACACGGAGAGCGACGCAACAGUAACGUUAGUCAGGCCAGUAUGUCAUCCAGGAUGGUGCCAGGGCUUCCAGCAAAUGGGAAGAUGCACAGCACUGUGGAUUGCAAUGGUGUGGUUUCCUUGGGCACCACCACUGAAACGGAAGUCAGAAAGAGAAGGCUAAGUUCUUACCAGAUUUCAAUGGAGAUGCUGGAGGAUUCCUCUGGACGGCAAAGAGCCAUGAGCAUAGCUAGCAUCCUGACCAACACAAUGGAGGAACUUGAAGAAUCUAGACAGAAAUGUCCACCAUGCUGGUACAGAUUUGCCAAUGUGUUUUUGAUCUGGGACUGCUGUGAUGCAUGGUUAAAAGUAAAGCAUCUUGUGAAUUUAAUUGUUAUGGAUCCAUUUGUUGAUCUUGCCAUCACUAUCUGCAUUGUCUUAAAUACCCUCUUUAUGGCCAUGGAGCACUACCCAAUGACUGGCCAAUUCAGUAGUGUACUGACUGUAGGAAACUUGGUCUUCACUGGGAUCUUCACAGCAGAAAUGGUUCUCAAGAUCAUUGCCAUGGAUCCAUAUUAUUAUUUCCAAGAAGGCUGGAAUAUAUUUGAUGGAAUUAUUGUCAGCCUUAGUUUGAUGGAGCUUGGCCUGGCAAAUGUGGAGGGAUUGUCUGUACUGAGAUCAUUCAGACUGCUUCGAGUUUUCAAGUUGGCAAAAUCCUGGCCCACACUGAAUAUGCUGAUAAAGAUCAUUGGCAAUUCUGUGGGGGCUUUAGGUAACCUCACCUUGGUGUUGGCCAUCAUUGUCUUCAUUUUUGCUGUGGUCGGCAUGCAGCUAUUUGGUAAGAGCUACAAAGAAUGUGUCUGCAAGAUCUCCAGUGACUGCCAACUCCCACGCUGGCACAUGAAUGACUUCUUCCACUCCUUCCUGAUUGUGUUCCGCGUGCUGUGUGGAGAGUGGAUAGAGACCAUGUGGGACUGUAUGGAGGUCGCUGGCCAAACCAUGUGCCUUAUUGUUUUCAUGUUGGUCAUGGUCAUUGGAAACCUUGUGGUUCUGAACCUCUUUCUGGCCUUAUUGUUGAGCUCAUUUAGCUCAGACAAUCUUGCUGCUACAGAUGAUGAUAAUGAAAUGAACAAUCUCCAGAUUGCAGUAGGAAGGAUGCAAAAGGGAAUUGAUUAUGUGAAAAAUAAGAUACGGGAGUGUUUCAGAAAAACCUUUUUUAGAAAGCCAAAAGUUAUAGAGAUCCAUGAAGGCAACAAAAUAGACAGCUGCAUAUCCAAUAAUACUGGAAUAGAAAUAAGCAAAGAACUUAAUUAUCUUAAAGAUGGGAAUGGAACCACCAGUGGUGUAGGUACCGGAAGCAGUGUUGAAAAAUAUGUAAUCGAUGAAAAUGAUUAUAUGUCAUUCAUAAACAACCCCAGCCUCACUGUAACAGUGCCAAUUGCUGUUGGAGAGUCUGACUUUGAAAACUUAAAUACUGAAGAGUUUAGCAGUGAGUCAGAACUAGAAGAAAGCAAAGAGAAAUUAAAUGCAACCAGCUCAUCUGAAGGAAGCACAGUUGAUGUUGCUCCACCCCGAGAAGGUGAACAAGCUGAAAUUGAACCUGAGGAAGACCUUAAACCGGAAGCUUGCUUUACUGAAGGAUGUAUUAAAAAGUUUCCAUUCUGUCAAGUAAGUAUAGAAGAGGGCAAAGGAAAGGUCUGGUGGAAUCUUCGGAAAACCUGCUACAGCAUUGUUGAACACAACUGGUUUGAGACUUUCAUUGUCUUCAUGAUUCUUCUCAGCAGUGGUGCUUUGGCUUUUGAAGAUAUAUACAUUGAACAGCGAAAGACUAUCAAAACCAUGCUAGAAUAUGCUGACAAGGUCUUCACUUACAUAUUCAUUCUGGAAAUGCUCCUCAAAUGGGUAGCUUAUGGAUUUCAAACAUAUUUCACCAAUGCCUGGUGCUGGCUAGAUUUCUUGAUUGUCGAUGUUUCUUUGGUUAGCUUGGUAGCCAAUGCUCUCGGCUACUCAGAACUUGGUGCCAUUAAAUCCCUACGGACAUUAAGAGCUUUAAGACCUCUAAGAGCUUUAUCCCGGUUUGAAGGCAUGAGGGUUGUUGUGAAUGCUCUUGUUGGAGCAAUUCCCUCUAUCAUGAAUGUACUCUUGGUGUGUCUCAUCUUCUGGCUGAUCUUUAGCAUCAUGGGUGUGAAUUUGUUUGCUGGCAAGUUCUACCACUGUGUUAACACGACAACGGGUAACAUGUUUGAAGUUAGUGAAGUCAACAAUCUGAGCGACUGUCAGGCUCUUGGCAAGCAAGCUAGAUGGAAAAACGUCAAAGUAAACUUUGAUAAUGUUGGCGCUGGCUAUCUUGCAUUGCUUCAAGUGGCCACAUUCAAAGGCUGGAUGGAUAUUAUGUAUGCAGCUGUUGAUUCACGAGAUGUAAAACUUCAGCCUGUAUAUGAAGAAAAUCUAUAUAUGUAUUUAUACUUCGUCAUCUUUAUCAUCUUUGGGUCAUUCUUCACUCUGAAUCUAUUCAUUGGUGUAAUCAUAGAUAACUUCAACCAACAGAAAAAGAAGUUUGGAGGUCAAGACAUCUUUAUGACAGAGGAACAGAAAAAAUACUAUAAUGCAAUGAAGAAACUUGGAUCCAAGAAACCUCAGAAGCCCAUACCUCGGCCAGCAAACAAAUUCCAAGGAAUGGUCUUUGAUUUUGUAACCAGACAAGUCUUUGAUAUCAGCAUCAUGAUCCUCAUCUGCCUCAACAUGGUCACCAUGAUGGUGGAAACUGAUGACCAGAGCAAAUAUAUGACUCUAGUUUUGUCCCGGAUCAACCUUGUGUUCAUUAUCCUGUUCACUGGAGAAUUUGUGCUAAAGCUCAUUUCUCUCAGAUACUACUACUUCACCAUCGGCUGGAACAUAUUUGAUUUUGUGGUUGUGAUUCUCUCCAUUGUAGGCAUGUUUCUGGCUGAGCUGAUAGAAAAAUACUUUGUGUCCCCUACCCUGUUCCGAGUGAUCCGGCUCGCCAGGAUUGGUCGAAUCUUGCGUCUGAUCAAAGGGGCCAAGGGGAUCCGCACGCUGCUCUUUGCCCUGAUGAUGUCCCUUCCUGCCUUGUUUAACAUCGGCCUCCUGCUCUUCUUGGUCAUGUUCAUCUAUGCCAUCUUUGGAAUGUCCAACUUUGCCUAUGUUAAAAAGGAAGCUGGAAUUGAUGACAUGUUCAACUUUGAGACCUUCGGCAACAGCAUGAUCUGCUUGUUCCAAAUUACCACCUCUGCUGGCUGGGAUGGAUUGCUAGCACCUAUUCUCAACAGUGCACCACCUGACUGUGAUCCUGACACAAUUCACCCUGGAAGUUCAGUUAAGGGAGACUGCGGGAACCCGUCUGUCGGGAUUUUCUUUUUUGUCAGUUACAUUAUCAUAUCAUUUCUGGUUGUGGUGAACAUGUACAUCGCUGUCAUCCUGGAGAACUUCAGUGUUGCUACUGAAGAAAGUGCAGAGCCCCUGAGUGAGGAUGACUUUGAGAUGUUCUAUGAGGUUUGGGAAAAGUUUGAUCCCGAUGCCACCCAGUUUAUAGAGUUCUCCAAGCUCUCUGAUUUUGCAGCUGCCCUGGAUCCUCCUCUCCUCAUAGCCAAACCAAACAAAGUCCAGCUCAUCGCCAUGGACCUGCCCAUGGUGAGUGGGGACCGGAUCCACUGCCUCGACAUUUUAUUUGCCUUUACAAAGCGUGUUUUGGGUGAGAGUGGAGAGAUGGAUGCCCUUCGAAUACAGAUGGAAGACCGGUUCAUGGCAUCAAACCCCUCCAAAGUCUCCUAUGAACCCAUCACAACCACUUUAAAACGCAAACAAGAGGAGGUGUCUGCUGCUAUCAUUCAGCGUAAUUUCAGAUGUUAUCUUUUAAGACAAAGGUUAAAAAAGGUAUCAAGUGAAUAUAACAAAGAGGCAAUUAAAGGAAGGAUUGACUUACCUAUCAAAGAAGACAUGAUUAUUGACAAAUUAAAUGGAAACUCCACCCCAGAAAAAACAGAUGGAAGUUCCUCUACCACAUCUCCUCCUUCCUAUGAUAGUGUAACAAAGCCAGACAAAGAAAAGUUUGAGAAAGACAAACCAGAAAAAGAAAGCAAAGGGAAAGAGGUCAGGGAAAAUCAAAAGUAAAAAAGAAACAAAGAAUUAUCUUUGUGAUCAAUUGUUUACAGCCUACGAUGGUAAAGUCUAUGUGUCAACUGGACUCCCAGAGGAGGUCUAUGCCAAACUGACUGUUUUAAUAAAUACUCAUGGUCAGUGCCUAUAACAAGACAGUGACCUCUCCAUCACUACAACUCUGUGAGUCAGGGUAUCAACAAGAUUGACAAGAGGUUGCUGUCUUCAUUACCAGCUGACACUGCUGAAGAGAAACUCAUUGGCUAUCUAGACUGUAGGGAUAAUUGUGCAAAGUGAUCGUUGUAACUACGCCAAACACCUUUAGUACAGUACUUGCAUCCACUCUAUUUUUAACUUCCAUAUCUGCCAUAUUUUUACAAAAUUUGUUCUAGUGGAUUUCCUUGCUCCCUAAUUCAUAGUUUAUUCAUAAUACUAUGUCACUAUUUUUGUAAAUGCAAUUUAAGUUGAGAAAAAAGCAUAUAAGAGCCCUGUGUUCCUACUCCAUAAGUCUCUCGAAUAAUUAGCAAAAGUGUUUUGAGAGAUAAAAUUCGUGCUCAAAACCAGAAAAAAAUAUUCUAAUGUCAAUAAUUUCAGGUACUUCCGUUUUCUAGAUGGCUUUAAUUUUGAAAGUGUUUUAGUCUGUUACAUUUGUUUAUAUCUGAACAGUUAUGUGCCUGUAAAGUCUCCUCUAAUUUUUAAAGGAUUAUUUUUAUGCAAAUAUUGUUUCCGCAAGUGCAAAUUUUAUUCUAAGUUCCAGAGCUCUAUAUUUAAUUUGGUUAAAUGCUUUCCAAAAACAAAAUGAAAAAAAUCUAGAAAAAGUAUAUCUAAAGUGUCACUUUAGAAUAGUUGUCCCACUUUCUGCUGCAGUAUUGCUUUGCCAUCUUCUACUCUCAGCAAAGCUGAUAUUUUAUGUCAAUUCAACACACCCUGUUAUGUAAAUAGUUAUUUUAUCCUGCGGUGCAUGUUUGGGCAGGAAUAUAUAUAUAUAAUAUACAUAUAUUAUAUAUAUAUAUAUAUAUAUUCUGCUAAACAACAUCUUUUAAAUCAAAUAUGUACCACAGUGUAUGUGUCUUUUGCAAGCUUCCAACAGGGAUGUAUCCUGUACCAUUCAUUAAACAUAAAUAGUUUGAAGACUAUCACUAAUGCAUGUUAAUAUUGCCUAUGCUGCUCUAUUUUACUCAACACAUUCUUCACAAGCCUUGGUUAGAAGUCACAUGUUGGUAGAGUGAAUUCAAACAGCUCUAUCCAGUAUGUCAAGCAGAAUAGCUUGCAGUUACUUAAAAGUAUCUUUACUUUUGCAUUUUUAAUUCAACUUGAAUGUCACAUGGUGUCUCUCUAUAUUUCAAAGAAACACACUGAGUACUGCCUAUUGUCAAAACCUAUACUUCAUAUUUUGCUAAAAAUAUGUCCAAAACUUGUUUAAAUAUAAAUAAUGUAAAAAUAUGAUCAAUUUUAUUUGUUGCAUUUUGUACAUAAGAAAAUUAUUUUCAGGUUGAUGACAUGGCAAUUUAUUUUACUUUAUGCUUUUGCUUUUUAUUUUUAAUCACAACUCCAAACUUUUGAAUCCGUAAGACUUUUCAAUGAAUAAUUUCCUAAAAUAAAAGUUAGACAAUGGGUUUUGUGGAUUUCUUUGUUAUAAUAUAUUUUCUACCAUUCCAAUAGGAGAUACAUUGGUCAAUAUUCAAACUUAGAUCAUUUUUUACCAACUAUGGUUGCCUCAAUAUUACCCAUUAUUCAUGGAAAUUUUUUUUUACUCAAACUUUUGUAGUAUUUGCUUAUGCAGACUAGUCUUAUUUUUUUAAUUCUUGCUACACUAGAGCUAUUAGAGGAAUAACAUGGGCUCUGUCCUUUUUAGCCAUGAACAAAGUGGCAAAGUUGUGCAAUUACCUAACAUGAUAUAAAUUUUUGUUUUUUGCACAAACCAAAAGUUUAAUGUUAACCUUUUACGAAACUAUUUACUUGUAGUGUACUAAUGAACUGCAUGCAGGGAAUUGCUAUUACUAAAAAGAAUGGUGAGCUACGUCAUUAUUGAGCCAAAAGAAUAAAUAUUUCAUUUUUUAUUAUAUUUAA